UGCCAUGGGCGCAUGGCUCUUUCUGGCCGCGGCCGCGGCUUGGAGCGCGGCGUCGCAGGAUACCACGGCGCCGGUGCUACAAAUCGAGGAUGUCCAGCCCUUCAUCUUCCACGUGCUCGUCACAGUGCGGCUCAACGAGGCGGGGUCCGUGUACUGCGGAGCGGUGAAGACGUUGAGCAGCUACACGCCCUCGAUUUCGCAGAUGAAGACGGGCAGUAGCUUGGAUGGUCACGACUCUGCCGCGGUGACAGCGAACGCCUACGUCAACUUGGCCGUCGGCGUCUUGGAGCCCGCCACGCUCUACGAUGUGUUCUGUUAUGCUGAGGAUCUCUUUGUGAAUGGCUUCACCCUGUCGCAGAUUGCGUCCACGAAGAACAGCAUUGCCACGGCCAGCGGGGGCGACUACGUGGCCCCCACCUUCAGCUGGGUUUUGCCGGCCAGCGUGUCCGAAAGCAACGCUGUGACGGUGUACUUCCAGCUGAACGAGGAUGGCACUGUCUGGUGUGUGGCCAAGGAAGACGCAGGACUGGGCACUACGACGCCCACCUCAGGGGAGAUUCUCCUGAACUCGAAGAACGUGGAUUCCUGGGGCACCCAAACCGUGGAAGCCGCCUUGAGCCAUAAGGCAUCCAUCAAGCUGGACGGGCUCAGGGAGGGAACGACCUACGACGUCUACUGCUUCGCCGAGGACACCGCUGGGAAUUUCCUGGACGGCACGCCGGCCUACGCGGCAGAUCCAGCUGGUCUUCAUCGCCUCCCGGCUCCUGGUGACCGCCCCGAGCGCCGCCCAGUUUUCGGUGAAGCCCGCUGCCUGGAACGCCGCGCUGCCGGUGUGCGGGUCCAACGGCCGCUGCGAAGGUGA